CUUUUCUUAUUCCAGAUGAACGCAUUUUAUAAUACCCUAUCUCGGAUUAUAAUCUUGAAAUUUUUAUUUGCCAUUUCUCUUUCUAUUUUUCUUCAACGUUCGAACUCGUUACACCCAUCAAUGAUCACAUAAAAAAAAAAAGUAACAUUGGUAUAUCAAUAAUUCUUAAAUAAGUAUUAUCAAGUUUUGUAAAGAAUAUAAAAUCGUUACUGCAAUUUACAAUCUUUUAUUUUGUUUUAUGUAUAAUAUGAAGAACAUAAUUUUCUAAAAAAAGUGAUUUUUUUUAUAUUGUAUUUACAUACACGUUAAUUGCGGUAAUUUGACAAAAUGACUUAUAAUCAACAACACAAAAUAAUUCUACAAACUAUUAUACAUGAAGGUUUUAUAGAUGAAAAUAAAGCAAAAGAUUUAGUUAUUAAAUUAUUUGAUACUGAUAACGUGUCGGCAGUAAUAAAUAGGAUAAAUGAACAAUUACAGCCUUUAAAUAUGUUAAUUAGAAAAGGACAAUGUGAAAUCACCGGUCAGGUGUAUUGGAUUUUAAUAAGUACCGUACUUGAUGAAGUAACCAGGUUUCAGACUGAAUUUUCAAAAGCACAACUGGCAUUACUAAGGAAUAUAUUUUCUGAAAUUAUCACAUCAAGCAUUAGAUGUGUACAAAGUACAAUAUGUUUAAAUUUUUGUUCUUCUCCAGAUGUAAAAUUAUCAAAAACAGAUGCUGAAGAAUUUUUAAAUGAUAUAGUUCAAAGACAAUGGUUGGUUUAUAAGGAUGGUUAUUAUUAUUUAGGUGUAAGAAGUAUAACAGAGUUAAUGCCAUACUUUAGAGCUACUUAUGAAAAUAAUUUAAGCACCUGUUGCCUUUGUAAACAAGUUAUCUUUUAUGGAAAAAAGUGUGAUUACUGCGAAGCCUUACUGCACUUAUACUGCUUAAAUACAUAUGCCAUGGUUCACAACCCUGUGAAAUGUCCUAAUUGUAACAGUGUCAUUACAGAUUUUGAUUAAGCUUCUUUGCCAGUUUAAAGUAUUAAUUUUAUAGUUUGAAAUAAAAAUAUAUUUUUUUAAUUAAAUAUUAUCGAUAUGCGUUUUAAAUGAACAGAUCAAAAUGUGAAUGAAACAUAAAUACUUAAUAAAAAUGUAAUAAACGUAAUAUAUCAUGUUUUAUAAUGUA